UGACAGGCUCAGCACUGUGGUUUCAGUCCAGCCCACACCUCCCGCCAGCGCCUCUUGUGCUUGCUGAGGACUCGCCGGCUGCUGCCUGGCCAUGAGCACCCCGUUUCUACAGACUUCCUCCUCCACCUUUGGGGGUGGCUCUACCCGGGGGAGUCCCCUCCGGGCUGGGGGAGGCAGCUUUGGUGGUGGGAGUCUCUAUGGGGGAGGUGGAAGCCACAGUAUCUCGGCUUCUUCUGCUAGGUUUCUCUCCUCGGAGUCAGGAGGGGUCUAUGGGGGCGGCAUGAGCUGCGGCUUCGGUGGAGGGGCUCGUAGUGGUUUCGGUGGAGGCUUUGGAGGUAGCCUUGGAGGUGGCUUUGGUGGCGGCUUUGGUGGGAGUUUUGGCAGUGACUUUGGUGGUGGUGAUGGUGGCCUCCUCACCGGCAAUGAAAAGAUCACCAUGCAGAACCUCAACGACCGCCUGGCCUCCUACCUGGAGAAGGUGCGCGCCCUGGAGGAGGCCAACGCCGACCUGGAGGUGAAGAUCCGUGCCUGGUACCAGAGGCAGAGCCUGACCAGCCCAGAGCGCGACUACAGCCCCUACUUCAAGACCAUAGAAGAGAUCCGGAACAAGAUCCUGGCAGCCACCAUCGACAACUCCCGGGUCAUCCUGGAGAUCGACAACACCAGGCUGGCUGCGGACGACUUCAGGCUCAAGUAUGAGAAUGAGCUGGCCCUGCACCAGAGUGUGGAGGCCGACAUCAACGGCCUGCGCAGGGUGCUGGAUGAGCUGACCCUGGCCAAGACCGACCUGGAGAUGCAGAUUGAGAGCCUGAACGAGGAGCUGGCCUACAUGAAGAAGAACCAUGAGGAGGAGAUGAAGGAGUACAGCAGCCAGCUGGCCGGCGAGGUCAACGUGGAGAUGGACGCAGCCCCGGGCAUGGAUCUGACCCGCGUGCUGUCGGAGAUGAGGGAGCAGUACGAGGCCAUGGCGGACAAGAACCGCCGAGAUGCUGAGUCCUGGUUCUUCAGCAAGACCGAGGAGCUAAAGAAGGAGGUGGCCUCCAACACAGAGAUGAUCCAGACCAGCAAGACGGAGAUCACAGACCUAAGACGCACGAUGCAAGGGCUGGAGAUCGAGCUGCAGUCCCAGCUCAGCACGAAAGCCGGCCUGGAGAACUCACUGGCAGAGAUUGAAUGCUGCUACGCCACGCAGCUGCAGCAGAUCCAGGGGCUCAUCAGUGGCCUGGAGACCCAGCUGAGUGAGGUCCGCAGUGAGAUGGAGGCUCAGAACCAGGAGUACAAGAUGCUGCUGGACAUCAAGACACGGCUGGAGCAGGAGAUCGCCACCUACCGCAGCCUGCUGGAGGGCCAGGACGCCAGGAUGGCUGGCAUUGGCACCGGAGAAGCCUCCCUGGGAGGCGGCGGCGGAGGCAAAGUCCGCAUCAAUGUCAAGGAGUCAGUGGAUGGGAAGGUGGUUUCUUCCCACAAGAGGGAAAUCUAAAUGCCCAGGGCAAGAGAGCCGACCCUUACCACCCCCAGCCUCCCCUGGCUGAGCGGACAACCGGCCAGAGGGGCCGCAAGAGCAAGCUCCAGUCCCUGCCUUCAGAGGGCGUCCAGCUCGGCUUGAGAGGGUCCCGCCUCUGCAUGCCCUUCCUCCCUCUCCUCUGCAGCUCUCUCUGCCUCCUUUAGAGCAGGGAGGUGCCAGAAGCAGCUGUGUCGUGUAACAAGCUUGUUUGCACCGUGUCUGUCCAUGCAAUAAAGAAUUGCUUUUCCUUUUGCAAAUA